GAUGUACGGCAACGUGGCAACAGGCUCGCAGGGACAGGAGCCACUGUGGGUGCCCGUUCCCGGCACCCAGGAAGCCUGCAGCACCCCAUGCUCCGCUGAGGAGAACCUCUACGAGCCCUUGGACCCCCUGGAUGCCACACCAAGCCUCCCGCGAGCCCCUGAGGCCCCCGCCCUGGCCAAGAGCCAUGGCUCCAGCAGGGCCCAACACCGCGGCACCUCCAGCCCAGGGGGCCGGGCUCUCCCACCCGGCUGCCCCGGGUCUCGGCGGGUGCUAGCCAUCGCCGUGGCCCUGGGCAUCUCGGUGGCCCUCAACGUGCUCCUCCUCACCCUGCACAUGCGGCCGAGUACAAACAAGACAGCAGAGGCGGUGGAAGAUCCAACCGGGGCCUCCCUCUCCUUCGCGCUGUACAACGAAGCGCACGCCAAAUGCGCCGAAGCCCGCGGGCAGCAGCUGACGGCCGCGCCGUGCCGGCUCGGCGCCCCGGAGCAGCGUUUCCAGUGGGAGCCCCAGGGGCGGCUGCGCAGCGGGGGCCCCGGCGGCCCCUGCGUGACGGUGGCCCAGCCGCUCGACCGCAUCUUGGUGGGGCUCAAGCCCUGCGGGGCGCCCGGCACCCUGCAGCGCUGGGAGCGCCACGCCGGCGGUUUGCUGGCCCUGGCCGGCCACGAGCUGUAUUUCAACUACGGCCACAACAAGCAGCACCUGGUGAUGCUCUACACCGGCGACCGCGAGUGGAGCCGCUGGCUGGAGUGCGACGCCGGCCGGGCCGCCUGCACCAACUCCUGCAGCCCGCCCUGCGCCAAGGGCUGGAGCCAUUUCGAGGACUCCUGCUACUUCGCUUCGGCCACGGCGCUGGCCUGGGAGGAGGCUCAGCACCUCUGCGUGGCCCUGGGCGCCCACCUCCUCGAGGUCGACAGCCCCCGCGAGCAGGAGCACGUGCGGCGCCUGGUGCGGGGCGCCUGCUGGCUGGGCCUGCGGGACGAGGCGGCCGAGGGCACGUGGACGCGGGCCGACGGCAGCGCGGUGUCACCGGAGGCCGGGCGGUGGCAGGCGGGGCAGCCGGACGGCGGGCGUCGGGAGAACUGCGUCGUGGCCGGGGAGGACGGCGCCUGGAGCGACCGGCCCUGCGGCAGCCGCCACGCCUGGGUGUGCGAGGGGCAGGCCCGAGGCGGCGCCGCGCCGUGCCACACGCCGUGACACGCCUCGACACGCCUCGGCACGCCUCGACACACCUCGACAUGC